GCCCCCAGCCCAGCGCUCUGCCCCACCCCGGGACGCGCAGGGGGAGAGCCCUCGGGGAGCUAUGCUGAGCCAGGGCAGAACGGAGGAAGCCCCCCAGCUCCUCCGUAGGCGAGCCCGGCUCCCUGUACCCGCCUUCGCCCCGGCGCACAGAUACCCUGCCCGGGCAGCGGCACCCGACGGUCCCGGAGUCCCUGCCCGCCUUGGCCUCGCCUGUCUGUUGCUGCUGUUGCUUACGCUGCCGCCCCGCAUAGAUGCGUCCUGGUGGUAUAUCGGGGCACUGGGGGCCCGGGUGAUCUGUGACAACAUCCCUGGGCUGGUGAGCCGCCAGCGCCAGCUGUGCCAGCGCUACCCUGACAUCAUGCGCUCCCUGGGUGAGGGGGCCCGGGACUGGAUCCGUGAGUGCCAGCACCAGUUCCGUCAUCACCGCUGGAACUGCACCACUCUGGACCGCGACCACACCGUCUUUGGCCGAGUGAUGCUCAGAAGCAGCCGGGAGGCGGCUUUCGUGUAUGCCAUCUCAUCAGCAGGUGUGGUCCAUGCCAUCACUCGGGCCUGCAGCCAGGGUGAGCUCAGCGUGUGCAGCUGUGACCCUUACACACGUGGUCGGGACCGAGACCAGCGUGGAGACUUUGACUGGGGUGGUUGCAGUGACAACAUCCACUAUGGGGUCCGCUUUGCCAAGGCCUUUGUGGAUGCUAAGGAGAAGAGGCUGAAGGAUGCUCGGGCCCUCAUGAACUUGCACAACAAUCGCUGUGGCCGCACGGCUGUACGCCGAUUCCUAAAGCUGGAAUGUAAGUGCCAUGGAGUUAGCGGCUCCUGUACCCUCCGCACCUGCUGGCAUGCACUCUCUGACUUCCGCCGGACUGGUGACUACCUGCGGAGGCGCUAUGAUGGGGCUGUGCAAGUGACCGCCACUCAGGAUGGUGCCAACUUUACUGCUGCCCGUCAGGGCUAUCGCCAUGCCACUCGGGCCGACCUUGUCUAUUUUGACAACUCCCCAGAUUACUGUGUUCUGGACAAGGCUGCUGGGUCCCUGGGCACUGCAGGACGUGUAUGCAGUAAGACGUCUCGAGGGACAGAUGGAUGUGAGGUCAUGUGCUGUGGCCGUGGCUAUGACACAACCCGAGUCACACGCGUCACCCAAUGUGAGUGCAAAUUCCACUGGUGCUGUGCUGUCCGCUGUAAGGAGUGCCGGGACACUGUGGACGUCCACACCUGUAAGGCCCCCAAGAAGGCAGAGUGGCUGGACCAGACCUGAACACUAGCACACUUCACCAGCCCCUCCAUCCCAAACCCUCAGACUCAACAGCACAAGAACCUCGCAUGCACACCCUGUACCCCUAACUCCCCUGCCCUGGGCUGCCACAGCUUCUACUGAAAGACUUGGACUGUGAGUGCCCCAAGAUGUUAUGGUGGGUAUUUCAGCCUGAAGGAAGAAGUGAUAAGAUACUAAGCAGCUUUCUCCCUCGGAAGCUUCCGUGCCCCCCAGUGGAAGGGGACAGUGAGGGAGCAGCAUAGAAGGAGAACAAGGGGCUCUGUGGAGAGACAAGUUACACUAAAGAACCCAGAAGAGAUUUGCUUUUCUUUUUCCC